GUUCAGUAAGUGAAAAACAUAAGCAUUCUUAGGCUUUUAUUUGAUAAAUUUUUCUCUGAUAAAUAAAUAAUGGCUGAUGAAGAUUUUGACGGAGAUGAUUAAAAUAUUCGAGUGCUGUCCACAGAUAUCCGUUCGUAAGAGCGUUGCGGAUGACUUCGAUGAUGUAGAUGACGAGGAUAACAUUGAGUUGGAACCUCAGGAAGAUGAGGGUGAGAAUAUCGAAUUAUUGAAUCCUACUGAAGCUACCAGUGGUAUGGAAAGAUCAACUAGAAUAACUACAAGAUAUAUGACAAAAUAUGAAAGGGCUAGAGUUUUAGGAACAAGAGCACUACAGAUAGCCAUGUGUGCUCCUGUAAUGGUAGAACUGGAAGGAGAAACAGAUCCAUUACAAAUUGCCAUGAAAGAAUUGAAGCAAAGGAAAAUUCCCAUAGUUAUACGCCGCUACCUGCCUGACAACAGCUAUGAAGAUUGGGGCAUUGAUGAAUUAAUUAUAAUAGAUCAUUAAUCUUAGUGUGUACUUUAUAAUUUAAUAUAUAUUUUGAAUAAAGUUCCUUUAUAUA